AUUACGCAACUCAUUGCUGGAUUUUCUAUAUAUCAACCGGUUUCAAAACAGCUUGGAAUUCAGUAGAAUUCCAAGAAGUAGAAUUCCAAAAAGUAGAAUCUUGGCUUAUAUUUAUCGUAGUACUUUAUUAUUAAUAAUAAAAUAUUAAUAUUUUAUUAUUAAUAAUAAAGUACUACGAUAAAUAUAAGCCAAGAUUCACGAAUAUGCCCGUUUCACGUAUAAACCCUGCUAAAAAGAAUUCUUCUACAUUACAACAGACUGCCGAAAUCUUCUACAUACCAACAGACUGCAAGAAACACUGGCGAAUUCUUCGCCAGUGUUUCUUGAAUGUGGGUAAGAGCCGGAGUGUUCGCUUGAAUCGAUUCAAAGUGAAGUUGACGGUGAGACAAGAUCCGGAUUUAAACGGGCACAACAGUCAAGACAACGAGAACAUAACGGGAAAAAUUCCACACGAAGAAGAUCCGUUGAUUUCGGUAGAUUCCGCCCGCGUGGUGUAUCACAGAACGACGAUCACCAGCGAGGUGACUUUGCACGUGGGACGAAGAAAAUCGAACGCUAUGAGUUAUCUUAAAGGAAAAUUCAAGGACUGUAAAAACUGUGUACAAGUUGUAACGCUAAACCGAAACAUGUUUAGUAGUGUAUCCGUUACGCGUAGAAUUAUCAUAUAUCCGAGUCUACUUUAUUGCCAAAUAAAAGUGAAAGAAGACCGGUAAACAUUAUGUCGCCUUUUUCCUUUUCAAAUAGUUUUUAAAUAGGGUUUUCUAAAACCGCUGUUUCACAAGAACCGGUUUUGUCGCCAGCCCUAGUAGAUAUUGCAUUGACGUAAACCUACUCCUAU